AUGCCGCACCGCGACGUCUCCCCGGCGCUGUCCGAAAACGAAUUCGAUAUCUCGAAAGCCCUGCUUGCCGGCGACAGCGAAGACGAACCGGUCGCACCGAGAAAAAGUCGCAAGAAUGCGACCCUUGACAUCGGCGCAGAGUUGAACAUUGGCGGAGAGGAUGGCGGAGACAGCGAUGAUGAUGUUUUCAUCGCAGAUCAGCUGAGUGCGGCGAACCGCAAGUCGUCCAACCUGAAGGGGAGAACCGUGAAGAAAGGCGGUGGUUUUCAAGCCAUGGGUCUGUCCACGAACUUGCUCAAGGCAAUUACCCGCAAGGGCUUCUCAGUGCCGACCCCUAUCCAAAGAAAGACUGUUCCGCUUGUAUUGGACGGGCAAGAUGUUGUUGGCAUGGCUCGGACUGGUUCCGGAAAGACCGCUGCCUUCGUCAUCCCCAUGAUCGAGAAGCUGAAAGCCCAUAGCGCAAAGGUUGGCGCGAGGGCCAUCAUCAUGUCGCCGUCGCGUGAACUUGCACUUCAGACUCUAAAGGUCGUCAAAGAGUUCGGCCGUGGUACGGACCUGAGGACUGUACUUCUCGUGGGUGGUGAUAGCCUGGAGGACCAAUUUUCCGAUAUGAACACGAACCCGGAUAUCAUCAUUGCAACUCCCGGUCGCUUUCUGCAUCUCAAAGUUGAAAUGGACCUUGAUUUGUCCACAAUCCGUUACAUGGUGUUCGACGAGGCUGAUCGGCUGUUCGAAAUGGGCUUUGCUACCCAGUUGACUGAAAUCCUCUACGCCCUCCCUCCCAACCGACAGACUCUCCUCUUCUCGGCUACUCUUCCGAAAUCCCUCGUCGAGUUCGCCAGGGCUGGCCUUCAAGAACCGAAACUUGUACGCCUUGACGCCGAAAGCAAGGUUUCACCUGACCUCGAAAGCGCAUUUUUCACGGUGAAGAGUGCCGACAAGGAGGGUGCUCUGCUGCACAUCUUGCAGGACAUCAUCAAAAUGCCCACCGGAGAGACCGAGGCCUCCAUCAGGGCCAAACAAAAGAAGGCCGAUCCCAAGAACAAAAAGCGCAAGAGGGAUUCUGACAGCACCAACAACGCAAAGGACUCUCCCACGGAACAUUCUACUAUUGUCUUUGCGGCUACUAAACAUCACGUCGAGUAUUUGGCAGGGCUCCUUCGCGCUGCUGGAUACGCUGUUACCUACGUCUACGGCUCGUUGGACCAAACUGCUCGUAAGAUGCAGGUUCAUGCAUUCCGGACCGGGAUGAGUAACAUCCUUGUUGUCACCGAUGUGGCUGCCCGUGGUAUCGAUAUUCCCAUCCUUGCGAAUGUCAUCAAUUUCGAUUUCCCAGCUCAGCCGAAGAUUUUCGUUCAUCGUGUCGGUAGAACAGCAAGAGCAGGAAAGAAAGGAUGGAGCUACAACCUGGUGAGGGAUUCAGACAUGCCAUAUCUCCUGGAUCUGCAGCUCUUUCUCAGUCGGAAGAUGAUCUUGGGCAGAACGGAUGAAAACUUUAGCUUCGCCAACGAUGUGGUUGUCGGCGGAUUUGUGAGGGACAAGCUAGCUCGCGCGUGCGAGUGGAUCAACAAAUUACUGGACGAGGACGAAGACUUGGGCAACCUGCGCAUUGUGGCCGCCAAGGGCGAGAAGCUUUACAUGAGGACGCGUAAUUCGGCAUCAUCGCAAAGCGCCAAGCGGGCCAAGGACAUCCUGGCUUCUGACGCAGUUUCCGAGCUGAACAUGCUCUUCAACGAUGACGUGGACAAGGCUGAGGUGGAGAGAGAGAAAAUGCUGGCGCGCAUCAGUGGAUUCCGCCCUCAAGAGACCAUUUUCGAGAUUGGUAAGCGCGGUGUGGGUGACGAGGCAUCUGAAAUGAUGCGCAAGAGGAGGGAAAAGGUCGACCCGCGACGUCGCCAGCAGGAAGAGGUCAAGAAGGCCUGGAAUGACAAGAGCAUUUCAGGCUUGACUGAUACCCCCAACGCGGCACGGGAUGGCGAAGAGGACGAUGAGUUUGAAGACAUGGACGUGGAUGUCGACAUGGACUCGGCAUCGGAGGAUGAGCUAGAGAUCACCUUCCCGGAUUCCCAGACCAAUAAGACUUCGAAGGAGUCUUGGCAGGAUCCAGAACAUUUCAUGUCCUAUACGCCAAAGACGCUGAACUUGGCGGAAGACCGCGGCUAUGGAGUCCACUCUGGAUCAUACGACAACCAGGGACGGAGUGGUAAUUUUGUCGAAGAGGCACGAGGUGCGACAAUGGAUCUCAACCAGGACGAGUCGAAGGGCUUUGCCGAAGCCUCCAAAGCGCGCGGGAUGAGAUGGGACAAGAAGAGCAAGAAGUAUGUUGCACGAGCAAAUGACGAAGAUGGAUCGAAGGGAGCAAAAUACGUUCGUGGCGAAAGCGGGCAGAAGAUCGCUGCUAGCUUCCGAGCUGGACGGUUCGAGAACUGGAAGAAGACGAACAAGAUCGGCCGUCUACCACGUGCUGGUGAGGCUGAGGCGCCUUCUAGCGGCGGUCACGGCCCCAACAAGAGGUUCAAGCACAAGAUGGUCAAGGCGCCCAAGGAAGCCGACAAGUACAGGGACGACUACCACGACAGGAAGCAGCGGGUAGAGGCAGCUAAGGAGAAGCGCAUUGGCCGGUUCUCAGACGGCAAGGGGAAGAGCGAGCUCAAGGGCGUCGAGGACGUUCGCAAGAGCAGAGCGAUCCAAGAAAAGCGCCGCGCGAAAAACGCAAGGCCGUCAAGGAAAGGAAAGUUCUAA